AUGGAAAUUCUUCCGCCGUCAACUACCCGUCAGCCGGCUAUUCCGGGCCGGCCGGAACAAUCGGAGGAGUACGCAUGGGUUCCAGGUCUAAUCGACGCGGCGACGAUCGAGAAGCUUGAACGCGUGGGGAUGGCAUGGGGCCCGCUGACCGGCCUCCCCUGGGGAGCUCCCAUCCCUUUGCUUCUCCUCACAGCCUUCUGCACCACUCUGCACCGAUACAACCCCAGGCGGAGGGAUUUUCCCGUGGGAGUGUCCUUCGGGUGGUACAUUCUGCAGGCGGAAGACGCGGACGAUGAGCCGCCGCCAGCGGAAGCGCAGAAGGGCGGGGGAGGGGGAGGGGGAGGCGGGGGGAGGGGACACGGGGACGGGGGCGCAGGCGGUCACCGCCAGUCGCUUUUCUCCGAUAGUGAGUACUCCGAUUCCGAGUUCGAGUCGUCGCGCCAGGCCACGCGGCUGUCCGCGAUAGGCGGCGGAGGAGGAGGAGCUCCAUCGGGAGGAGCGCUAGGAGCGGCGGCGCGCGCGGCGUACCAGUCAUCUGCAGGUCCGGGCGGGGGCGUGGGGGGAGGCAAGGGCGGAGCCAUCCCGCAGGGAAUGCGGCCCGGCGGACUAGCCACGGGUCUUCUCUCCACCAUGGUUGGCGCAAUGGCAGGGGGCGGGGCAAAACCUGUAGCAGCAGGCGCAGGGGGAGGGGCAGCUUCCGCGAAGCCCGCGGGGGGCGGGCUGCUGCGGCUGUGGCAGGGGGGAAAGCUGUACGACGCGCCGCCGUCGGGGCAAGAUCUUAGGGUUAGCUGGCGCGCCAACGGGCUGUUUCACGACACUAUAUCGGACGCGAUGAGCUCUAUAACGAGUUUUUCCGCCGUAGGAGAGGAGGACGAUGAUCAACUACUGGUGGUGAAUGUCGAAAUGGAUAAUCUGCCCCCGCGCGCCCCGCAAGCGGACAACCUACUCCCCCCUUCCGCGCUCCCCCCUGCUGCUGCGCCCCCAGGCGCGGUUCCGCGCCAGGGCAGUCUGGGGGCGGCGGGCUUGCCGUCUAUGGGGCUAGCAAAACAGCACAGCCUCAGAUCGGACCCGGGAACCGUGGCAGGGGCGGGCGCAUCCGGGGCGGGCGUUCCUGGGGGAGGUGUAUCCGGGGUAGGCGCAUCUGGGGCGGGGCGUACUGACAGAGACGUGACUCUACUUGAGAUGCUGGCGCACGUGGGAUCGCGGCUGUUUGAAGCCGUGGGGAGCGCGGAGGAGGGAGGAGGCGCAUCCGGGGUGGGGGGCCGGGGGAGGGGCGGAGUGUGCGGGCGGGGGGGGAGGGGCGUGUCCGGGGAUGGCAUGUCUGAUGUGGAUAGGGAGAGCGUGGGGCGGGGGACGGCUAGAUCAGCGUCAACAGCACGGAGCAGGGUGGCUGCUGCCAGUGCAGCUGCAGUUGCGAAAGGGUUUCCGGCCUUUUUCAAGUAUUUUGCAUAUGGGAUCGACCGGCAGACGAUAGAGGAAGAGGGGGAGGAUAUACCAUCGUGCGGGCUUGCCGGGUUGUUUGUCCCCGGGUCGAAAAAGAAAGCGGUGCUGAUUCGGUGGCGGUAUGAUGUGUCUAAGUACGAUGAAUCUACCGUGGCGCGGCUGAGCGCGAAUUUUUGUUUUUUGGUGGAACGGAUUGCAUCUCUGCCGUCGAUUGAGGCGCUGCCGAUUUACUACCUGCCCGUGCUGACCGACGCGGAGAGGGAGCAACUAGAGGACAAGUUUUCCGGGCGGCUGGUGCCGCACGCGUUCUGGCACGAGGAGGAAGAAGGGAGGAAGCUUCUGCUGGACGUUGGGGGCCUCAUCCGCCGCCCAGUCUCAGAUCUGUCGGAUGCGGCGCCAGGGAGUGUGGGGAGGGGGGUGAGGAGCAGGGGCAGGGGUCUGAAUGUGCGCGAUCGAACUUUGGUGGAUCUGUUUGAGCGGCAGGUGAAGGUUAACCCGGCUGCCACGGCGCUGCUGCUGCUGCACCGGGGGAGAGGGCGCGGGGGCGCGGGCGGAGGGGGGUCAUGGGGAGGUGGAGCGGGAGGAGGGGGAGCGUGGGGGGCUGGAGGAGGAGGGGAAAGAGGAGCGGGAGCGGGAGCAGGAGGAGGAGGAGGAGGAGGUGGGGUGAAAGGGACGAAGGUGGUGGUGAGAGAAGCGGUUUCUUACAUGCAGCUGCAUGCGCGUGCCCUGCUGAUCGCGAGGUUCGUUGCCAAGAAGCUUCCUCGCCCUGCUCUCAUUCCGGCGUCGCACCGGGGUAGCAGCCACAGCACCCCUGCCGCCACCCCCAAGGCCGCCUCCUCUGCCGCUGCUGCUGCAGCCGCUGCUGCUGCCAACGGCACGGGUGUUUCUUCUGGUUCCCCAACCGUUUCAGCAGCACCAGUAGCAGGAGGAGGGGCAGGAGCAGGGGCGAAUAUAGCGGCAGCGGCAGCAGCAGCAGUGGGGGCAAGCCGAGCGAGACCAGAGGUGCAGCUAGUGGGGGUGUGUAUGGAGAGAGGGGUGGAUUGGGUAGCAGCGAUACUCGGGAUCAUGAUGGCUGGGAGGGCGUAUGUGCCUCUAGAUCCCUCCCUGCCACGUGGCAAGCUGGAGGAGAUUGUGGAGGAGUCCGGGAUCAUGCUCGUGCUCACGUCGCGCCACCUGGCGGACGCGCUGACGUGGAUGACGCCCCGCUCGCCACGUGGCGCCGCCGCCACGUCAGCGUCAAGUCCGCGAGCGGCCAAUCAGGGAGGGCCAGAGGAGGUAGGCCAGAGGCAGGAUCAGGAGCAGGAUCAGCAGCAGCAGGAGCGGCGGCGGCGGCACCAUCUGUUGAAGCACAAGCGGGCUGGCAGCUCGGGAAGCUCAGGGAAGGCGGAUUCAAAAGGGGAGGCCGGUGUGAGCGACAGUAGAAUCAGCGAUGGGAGGACUGGAGUGGCGAUUUUCUUCCCCAGCAGCAGCAGCAUGGGUGCCGACAGCAACCACAGCAGUAAUACUUCAGGGGAGGCACGGCUGGGGAGGGCGCUGCCUGUAUGGGCGGUAGAGGAGGUGAUAGAAGGCGAGGUGGAAGAGGAGCGGGCGGAACGAGCGUUGCUGGGUGACUGGGGGCCUGGAGAUGAGGGGAUGACUGGCAGAGAGGCAGGAAGGGGAGGGGGAGGGGCCGGGGCUGGUGUGGGGGUGAGUGCAGGUGUGAGUGUAGGGAGUGCGGGAUUGGAUGUUCUAGUGGGGUUGAGGCCGAGGGCGAGUGGGACGUGCUGUGUAAUGUACAGAGAGAAUGAGCUGGGGCGCGUGCGGGGCGUGGUGUUACAGCACCAAGGGGUGGUCAAUAUGGUGCAUUGCUUCAGACACAGAUUGCCUGCCGAACACUCUGCUGCUGCUGCUGCCGCUGGUUCGAAUCCUGCUCCUGCCACUGCUGCGCCUGCCACUGCGGCUACAGGUGCUACAGCUGCUACUGCUGCGGCGGCUGUAGCGGCUGCUACAGCAGCGGCGGCCGCUACAGCCGGAGCGGCCCCACCAGUGGAUGUGAGGGCGCAGAUCUCUCCUGCUCACCUGCCAGCUCACCUCUUUGAACUCUUCACUGCAUUUGAUGUCGGCGCUGCUGCUGCCAUCUGCCCCUCGCCUCUCGAACCAUUUUCUUCCAACGCUACAGCUUAUAACGAAUCUGCUUAUAGCGGAGCAGGAGGAGGAGCAGGAGGAGGAGCAGGGGCUGUUACUUCUGCUGCUGCUGCUGCUCAUGAGUCUGCUGUGGUGCAUGCACAUGCAUGUGCGGAACUUUCCUCAGAAGCUUCCCUCCUGGGCGUCUCAGGGCUGCUCACGCUGCCAAGUGUCGCAAUGUGGUUGGAGCCCCGGUCUCUCCCGAGCCUGCGUUGGGUGGCCUUCUCAGGCGAGCCCGUACCUAGAGCUCUGGUUUGGCGCUGGCUUCGGGCCGGACGUGUGGUGGUGGAUAUUUACGGAGCUCUGGAGUGUUCCCUAGCUGCCACGUGUGCAGUCUGGCGGCCUGGCGACAGGGUGGCGGAUACGAUUGGCCGGCCACUGCCAGGUGUCCACGUGUACAUUCUCGGGCCGAACCUAGAGCUCGUCCCGAUUGGCGCGGGCGGCGAGGUGUGCAUUGCAGGGAUACACGUGGCGAGAGGGUAUUGGAAGCGGCACGGGGAGACGCGGCAGAGGUUCGUGAGCAACCCGUACGGCAUGGGAGUGCACGACAGGAAGCUGUUCCGAACGGGGGACCGGGGGAGGUGGUUACCAGACGGGUGUGUGCAGUUUUUGGGGAGGUUAGAGCAGCAGGUGUAUAUCCGAGGGUUGAGUGUGGAGCCGGUGCAAAUAGAGGAAGCGGGGAGUAAGGUGGAUGGGGUGGCGCGCUGUGUGGUUGCGUUCAGGGCGCAUGACCCGGGGAGACAGCCGUAUCUCGCUGCCUAUCUCCUGCUUAAACCUUCGCUGGCAGCGGCUGCUGCUGCUGUGGCGGCUGCAGGAGAGGCAGCGUUGGGGGGAGGGGCUGGGGGGGAAGCAGGGGCAGGGGCAGGGGUGGGGAAAGGGGCGGGGAAAGGCGGGGGGAAGGGGGUGCAGACCCCUGCUCAGCAGCUACUGGCGUCGCAGCAAUUAGCAGCAGUGAUUCCUAAGAAGGUCCGAGAGUAUUUCAGAUCCGCCCUCCCUCCUCACGCUGUUCCCUCAGCCAUCCACGUGAUUCACCACCUCCCCUGGACCAAGACAGGCAAGGCCGACCGCUCCCGCCUCCCUCUGCCGCCCGCGGACUCCUUUUUUGUCUCUUGUGACGAGGACGGGUCUGUGGGCGGCACGGGGUUGGGAGCGGGCGGCGGGGAUCCGUUAGAGACGGCGGAGGAGCGGGCAGUUGCGGUGAUUUUUGCCGAGAUGCUGCCCGGGGUCGAGGCGGGCAGGUUGCGAAGGAACUCAAACUUUUUUGAGCUGGGAGGGAAUUUGUUUCUGGCAGCACAGGUGGUUGCGAGGCUGGUUGAUUCUAUCGAGAGUUCUGUUAAGGAGGGUGGGAGCAACGGGGGGGAAGGCGGCAGUGCUGCUGCUGCUGCUGCCGCUGCUGCUGCUGGUGGUGGUGGUAAUGCUGCCGCUGCUGCUGCUGGUGGUUCUGGCAGUGCUGCUGCUGUUCCUGCUGGUUCUGCAGCUGGUGGGGCAAGUGAGGGGGAUGGGGUGGGCGGAGUGGUGGGGGUGCCAUUGUCAGAGGCGCAGGUGCUGCUGUGGGUGGCGUACCAUGCUCUACCGCACCCUCAGCUGCUGGACGAGUGCCAUGUGUGGCGCCUGCAGGGUCCGGUGAACUUCCCGCGUCUGCAGCGGUCGCUGCAAGCACUGGUGGUGCGGCAUGCAGCUCUGCGCUCUCGCUUCGUUGGACCAGUCAACUUCCCUAGGCUGCAACGGUCUUUACAAGCACUGGUGGUGCGCCAUGCGGCUCUGCGCUCUCGCUUCGUUGUCUGGCACACCAGCAAGCACAAGCAGUCCGGACGAGGUGGCGGUGGUGGCGGCGGCAGGGGCAGCAGCAGCAGCAGCAGCAGCAGCGGCAGCGGUUCGCUGCGGUUGAAAGCGGCUGUGAUGGAUGCUGCGAUUAACUCUCUGAAGACUGAGCUCGCUGCUGGCGCUGGCGCUGCUGGGGCUGCUGGAAACGCCAAGGGCAGGAGGCAAGCAGGGAGAGGAGUAGCAGGAACAGGAGGAGCAGGAGGAGGGGGGAGAGCAGGAGCAGCAGGAGGAGGAGAAAGAGUGAGUGCAGCAACAGGUGGUGGGGAGAACAGGGGAGGAGGAGGAGGAGGGGGGUUUGUCUAUCGGGCCCUAGCAGGGCUGUUUGCACCGAGCCUCUUUGCUCCCAGCUUCUGGAAGACAGCAGAGAGUGUGCUGGAGUGUGUAACGCAGAUCCACACGCACCCCACCCAUGGGCCUCCGUUUAGGCUCGCUUUGGUGGAUAUUUCCGGCGCGAAGUACUCCAAACGAAACAGGCUUAUAUCGGGGAUAAUCGCGGAGGCGAGACGGCCGUUUUGCCUGAGGACUCCGGAGGAGGCGGCGGUUCAGCUAAUUGUGGGAGGGAAUAGGGCGGAUGGGGAAGGUGGAGGCAGUGGGGGUGGCAUGGGGGGGAUGGGAGUGAGUGGGGGAGGAGGGAUGGGUGCAGCCGAAGUUGGGCUGUUAGCAGGAAGAGGAGGAGCAGCAGCAGCCAAAGCAGCAGCGGCGGCGGCGGCGGCAGCAGCAGCAGCUGGCGGCGGCGGCGGCGGUAGCGGCAGCAAGGGCGGAGAAACAGCAACAGCAGCGGCAGCAGGGGCAGCGGGCGCUGUUGAAGGGGAGAGCUUGUUUCGAGCGACGCUGAUCCGGCUGAGCGCCACGGAGCACUCACUCGUGCUCGUGUGGAACCCGCUCAUCUUCGACGGCGUCUCCUCAUCACUGUUCUACUCCGACCUCCUCCAGGUUUACAAGGCGGGCGGCUCGGCGGCCGACCUCCCCGCAGUCGCCAGCUACGCCGAUUUCGCCCUGUGGGAAAAGGACAAUUUGGCAUGUGCCGGGCACAGGGAGUGGGACCUGGGGUUCUGGAAGCAGGCAGUGGGUGUACCUCCUCCAAAACUACCUCCCCAGCUGCAACCCAAGGUAGACGACAGCGGGAGCGAAGGAGGAGCGAGAACGGGCAGAGGAGGACGAGCAGCAGCAGGGGCAGGAGGAGCAGGAGGAGGAGGAGGAGGAAAAGGAGGAGGAGCAGCGGCGGCGGCGGCUGCGGCGGUGGCGGCAGGGGGAUUGGCGUUAGCGCUACGGAAAGGGCAUGUAGAGGUGCUGAUAGCAGCAAGCACGAGGAGGCGGCUUGAAACCUACGCCUUUCACCGCGGUGCCACGCUCUCCAUGGCCUUCCAAACCGUUCUGCACGCCCUGCUACACCUCUGGACCCACCAGCACUCCGUCGCGGUCGCCGUCCCCGUCGCUAGGAGACAAAUCCUGCCGCUCCAGUCGGUGAUCGGGCGGUUCUCGGAUUUGAUUCCCGUGGUGACGGAUAUGCGGAAGCAUCUGAGCCCUCCGUUGGUGGUGGCUGGACGGCUGAGAUCGUUCACUUCGUCGAUCAGUCGGGCGUCAUCGUGUGUGUCGUCUCGAUGCGUCUCCCCUUCUACUUCCCGCCAGUAUUCCGCGCUCUCCCCUCGCCUCUCUGCCUCCACUCCUGCUGCUGCUGCUGCUGCUGGAGGCGCUGUUGGGCCAGCUGCUGGGGGUGCUGUGGGUUGUGCGGUUGGUGCUCCUGCUGAUGCUGCUGCUGCUUUGAGGCAAAUCGCGGCUGCUGAUGCUGAUGGUGUGAAGCAGGGGCAGCAGGGGCAGCAGGGGCAGCAGGGGCAGGAGUUUGUUCAGGGGAGUGGGGGUAUGGGGGUUGGCACUGACGUGCUUUCACUUGCUGCGGCUGCUGUUGCCGCAGGGAAGGGGGGGAGGCGUGGGGAGGGGAGCCGGCCUGGUGGAGGGAGUGGAGGGAGUGGGGGGAGUGGGUUGGUGCAAGGGAAGCAGGCGGGAGGGGUGAAGGGGAAUGGGGCGGAUGGGGAAGGAGGAGGGAAGGGAGGGUUCAUGGGAGGAGGAAAGGGAGGGGGGGAGAUGUGCAACGACCAGUGGAGGUCUGAGGGUGUUUCCUUUGAGCAGCUGUUAUUCCAGGUGCGAGAGCACACCCUGCAGGCGCUGCAGCACCAGUCCAUCUCUCUCCGUCUGCUCGCCUCCGCACUGCAUCCCACCGCUCCGGACCCCUUCGCCUCCCCCUUUGCCCUCGCGUCCUUCGCCCUCACACACCCCGGCACCGAUUCCCCACCGAACUUGCUCCCCCUAGAAGACUCCCUAGUGGGGGACCUAGACCUAGAAGCCUCUUCUGCUGCUGCUGGGUUUGGUGCCGCUGGUGCUGCUGGUGCUUUGGGUGGUGCUGCUGGUGGUCUUAGUGGUGUGGGUGGGGUGGGUGGAGGGGCGGAGUUUGGAGGGAGUGUGGGCGGCGGUGGUUGGGGCGGCGAAGUGGCGUUAUUUCCCUUGGGAUUGUCCCUGCGGCCACUGAGAGACGGGCGGCUGGCCGGGCGGCUGACUUACCAGGUGGAUGCAGUGCCUAGAAGCAUGGCAGAGGUGCUAGCGAGGCAGAUAGAGCGGCUGGCAGAGGCAGCAGUGGAGUCACCUCGACCCUUGCUGCUGGAUGAAGCCACUGCCAGAGCGCUCAAGCAGGCGCGGAGGCGAGGGGGCGGGGUGGAUGGGGGGAAAGGGAGUGGCGGAGGGGGUGGGGGUGGGGGGAUGGUGGGGCCGAUAGGGUGCAUGCCGUUGUGUAUAGGCCGCGAUAGGCGGGUGCUAGUGAGGCAGGGGUCAUCGGAUUCGGAUGAGUCUGAUGUGAGCGUUUGA